UCUCCUUAAAUUAUAUUUGACAGAAAAUUGACGCUAAGAGUGUGCAUAAUAGAAUUAUCGUUGCCAUGAACAGCGUUGAUUGCUCAAUUAUCUUCUUUUGUAUUGCUUUAUAGAAACCUCAAUCGCCUAAGCUGGCAACUGGAUAACUGUUUGACACCUUUAAUAGUGUUUCAUUUAUCACUUUAAGCAUAUAAUGGAUUAGUGGAGACUGAGAAAUAGACAUUAAAGGAAGCUGAACGGAAGUUUUACAGGAUCUUGCUUGGAUUAGUUGUCAAAUCCAUCUUACUGCAGCUAUUCUUUGGAGAGUUUUUGAAUGCAGAUGAAACAGGCUGRGCAGAAGAAAACGAUGAUGGUGAAAACAGUAUCCACAGUGAUGACAGUUGCAUGGGGCAGCAAUGGCCGAAUGAUGAUCUCCUACAGCAGCCAUUGCAGGAAUCUAGACAUCCUGAAGAAGGAAUGGAUCACCCUUUAGAGAUAAACUUACGUCAGAGAAGAGCAAUGAUGGAAGAUUAUCAUCAGUGGGAUAACAAUCAGGGAAGAGCAGAAAGAGAUGACAACCUGGCAUGGGAAGAACAAAUACGGCAGCAAUGUUAUAUUGAAGCUCGAAGGGAAGAAGAAGUCCAAAAUUUCUUCACACAGUUGGAAGCUCUAAGGCAACAUGAAGAACAAAUGCAGGAACAAGAGCUUAGAAGGGAAAUGGAAGCUAAAAAGAAAGACGAAGAAGAACAGCUCCGCAAGGCAAUGGAAGCUAAAAAGAAAGACGAAGAAGAACAGCUCCGCAAGGCAAUGGAAGCUAAAAAGAAAGACGAAGAAGAACAGCUCCACAAGGCAAUGGAAGCUAAAAAGAAAGACGAAGAAGAACAUCUCCGCAAGGCAAUUGAAGACAAAAAGAAAGACGAAGAAGAAAAGCUCUGCAAGGCAAUUGAAGCUAAAAAGAAAGACGAAGAAGAAAAGCUCUGCAAGGCAAUUGAAGCUAAAAAGAAAGACAAAGAAGAACAGCUCCGCAAGGCAAUUGAAGCCAAAAAGAAAGACGAAGAAGAAAAGCUCCGCAAGGAAAUUGAAGUUAAGAGGCUACAAAUAAAAAUUACUAAUGCUGAUGUAUCAUCAGAACUGAUGUGUUCAGAGGACUUAUCUUCAAUGCAAGAGCAAGGAGACAUUCAUGAUGGAACUUAUGCUACAAAAGAGCGUAAAACUCAACCACUUCAAAGAUCCAUUAAUCCAUAUGAAGAGUUGAAAAAACUGCAGAUUCAGAAAGACCAGAACAUGAAAAUCUACAAAAAAGAAAUGAUUGACAACCAAGUGGAAAGAGAAGAACCUGCAAGUUCAGCACCUAAUCACCAAUUAGCAACAGGACAUGGUGGUCAGUUCUCAACUAACACACUAGAAAUGGGACACCCAGUUCAACAAGACACAUUAAUGGAUGGGAGGAAGACAAGUCCUGCAGAGCAAGUCGAUGGCACUUUGUCUCCAGAAGAAGUACAUAUUAAAUAUGACAACGAACAAUGCAGUGUGACAAAGGAACAACAAGGAAGCAUGCAGAUUGAAAUGUUGGACCAAUUGGAGAGAGACAGAGGAAAAGCACCAAAUAAUCAAGAACUUCAAAGUGUUGAAACCCAACAAAUGAACAGUGAGGGUGCAGCAGCACCAAACCACCAGCUUUCAGCAGACGAUAGUGGUCAGUUCUCAAUGACUACAAGUGGAGAUGAGAAACCUUGGAAAAAGAAACAGCCAAAUCAACAGAAUUCAGGAGAUGGCAAGAAGAAUCAAGCAAGCCAAACAGAAGAAACUUCACCAUCUCAAAAGUGGGAAAAGACUCAUGAUGGAUGAAAAUCGUCUCGUCAGAGCCAGGGUGAUAAAACCCUGAUUCAAAAGACCUUAUUGCUUAUAAAAUAAUGCUAACUAACACUAUAGGAAUAAUAUCAUACAAAAUCAUGUAGUAAGAGCUGUUUUUAUUAGGAGGCCUAUUAUAAGUUGUUACUUUGCCAAAAAAACCUUUUUUUCAUUUUUUCCCAUUAACCUAAGAAAAUGAUAACCAUGACAUCUAAUUCCCAGUUAUUUUCAGAAUAAGAUGGUUCAUAACAUAAAAAAUUGCAUACGAUAUGGCAAACGUGGUGAUUCUAGACAACUGUGCAAUAUCUUAUCAUAGUAAAUCAUCAUAAAAAUUAGAGCAAUACCACAACUGGCCUCUAAAAUUGCAAAAAACCAUCCUUCAGACAACCUAUAAUAGGUCUCUUAUUAACAUUUUUUUAAUGCAGCUUGUCUGAAAAUAGGAUUCAUAAGCGUUAAUCAAUAUUUCAUUCAUUUUCUACCAUUAUGAAUACUUUCUUUUUCUUAGAGAAACUAGUUAAAAUUGGUACUGUUAAAGACUGCACAUGACUCCAUUCAAAAAAUGUUUUUUGAAAGGGGGGAGCGGGCAGCACUCAUAAUUAUGCACUAUAUGCACACCCAUAUAAUCUUAUGGUAUAGCAAAGUUACACCCUACAAAUAAACGAAAAAGACGGGCAGUACUGUCUUUGUGUGAUUUGCCAGUCAAAAAAAAAAAAAACAAACAAAGAAAAAAACUUACGAUUAUCAAAGCGCUACUAUAUUUCGGUCGCCAUCUUGAUUAUUCUUACUGACUGGUCAAGGCAGUCAUUUGUAAAAUAAUUUAUAGGUCAGCUACUCUACUGUUUGAAAUCUUGAAGAAAAUCCAAAAAUCACUGCAUGUUAAAAUACGAGUCAAUGUUUAGUUACAUAGCAUAGAUAAAGAAUUUGAAAAAUACAGCAAGUUUACUUGGGAGGUUCCAGUGUCAAUGAUGAUCUAAGGUCAGGCUGUAAUUAGACUAAAGUUCUACAACGCACCUUCGUUUUCCACAAAAAGCUCAUAUUCAAAUAUAUCUAACACUAAUGGUAUUGAAUGCAUUAUGUCUUGUAGCACAAAUUAAAGAAAAACUUACGAAUU